AUGACGGAUUCGCAAAGGUACGGUGCAUGGCCCUUUCUGUUAUUGGCUGCAAUUUUGCUCUCCUUGUUGCAUUUUUUCGCCCGAUUGUGUGGGAGUUUGAGAAAAUUGAGACGUCCUCUCAACUGAAAGUGUUUUAUUUGUAGUAGAAGAUGAUGCCGACAGAUGUAUCUCAGCGUCUGUAUCGUCUUUUCAAACAUUCCGCCCAUUAGACCGAGUAGUACCAGCGCUAGCCGGCGCCAGCUUGUGCUCUGAUCAGACAGACCGUUUUCUCAUCUCAUUUUGUUUAUUUUCAGCACCCAAAUGGGUCGCAAGCAAGCGCGACGAAACAAGAGCACCGCAUCUGUCGGAAGCAAAAAGACCCGAUCUACGUCCUCAUCGAUCAUCAAGUUCCAGCCUAAUGUCGUGAGUUUUUAUAAUGUUUUUUUCACUAAAAAAGCAUUUCUAGGAUGGGUUCAGCGCCUUUUUGGUGGCAUGUGCGAGACUAGGCAAAAACGGACACGAAUUCACGUGGCACGAUCUCAGAAAGGUUUACCACAGAGAGACUCAGCGGCAACUUACUGUCGAAGAGCUCAACGCACUCUUCAGCACUAGAAACCUUACGAAGUUAGUAGAAUAAAUCUUCAAUCUUCAUCUUGCUCGAACACUUGCAGGAAACAAGUAUUCGAAAUGCCAACCGUGAAGCGUUUCAUCGAGUCGAUGGACGGGAGUAUGAUGUGCCGAUUCCGACUAAUCGGCGAUCCGGAAGAGUACAACUUCGAUGAGAUACCACCGCUCAUGACUACGUCUAUGGAAAGCGACGGUGAGAAACUUUCAACGAAUGGCUCAGAAAACAAUAAUUUUCAGUGGUCACGCAAUCGGCUCCUUCUACGGAUCAAUCUCAUGCCGUUUCACCAGUUCCGGAUGGAAAAUCGAUUGCUAUUUCGACGGACUGUGAAGCUAAAGCUGGGCCCACUUCUGAUCUGAGCAAGUCGGAGACAUCGCCGUCACAACGUUCCCUAUCUCAGCAAGCAUCCGUUCAAUCUUCCAUGACUGACGAUGAAGGAUGGGCUUCCGGAAAAGAAGUGAGUUAACAAUUAAGGAUGGGUUUAUUCAUCAAUUAUGUCAAUUGCAGGCCCGCUCCGAAAAUUCGUCUCCUAUGGUUGCCGAUGAAGGAAAAGACGAGAUCGAUGGAAAGUCUCAGAGAAAAAGCAUUGACUUGGAGGACGAAGUGUUCGAAGAUGAGCUGAGAAUUGCCGCCGGAAGCGAUCAAAUCGAUGGAGCUGUUAUCAGCGACGUCAUGUUCGUCGAUGAAGCGAGAGCGGAAGACGUCUUCAGACCAUCGCCGCCAUCUCGAGCUUCGCCAUUCCUCGUGACCGAAUCUAUUGACGCCGCUUUCGAAGCCGUUGUUCAGACAUACGUGGACGCUAAGAAGACCCUUCCGGAAACUCAGUGAGUUCUUUUCUUUUUUAAUAUGCUGAUCGCACUCGUUUAAUCUCGUUCUCUGUCGUUUAUCUUUUGUCCACAUCUCUCGACACUUUCGUUUUUUUUCAGAAAUGCUUCGGAAGAGGCAAAAGUACAAGCGACGCCGCGGAAAGUGUUUCCCGCUCCUGUGGCCGCGGAGAGAACGAAACAUAGUGAGGAACUGUCUUCCGGGCCACCGAUCAGGCAUCUCAUUGAGAAGUUCGACACUGGUGUCAACUUUUCCGGACACAGAACGAAGACUGAAGAAUCGCCGAGCAAGUCUAUCUACACGCAAGUGCUCGAAGAGAUCGGAGAGACCGAGAAGCAGAUCGAACAGGUGUUCGUGUCGCCGAAGAAGAACCAGCAUGAAGAAGCCGAGGUUACCAACGUGAUAUUCCGGAGCACUUCGACUCACAGCAGCAUUAUCGCACAAGGAAAGGAACAGUUGGCCGCGUUUGUCGCCGAACAAGAGGCUAAGCAUCGUGUGAACCCAGAACCGACGGCCGAUACAACGACUGAGGAAACGGAAGCGGCGUUCGGUGUCAAGGAGCAAUCAUCGCUGUCGUCAUUGGAUCGGGAGUACUUCGACUCGAAAAUGGUGAAGAACGAGGAUCUUUUUGCUGAAGUAGGAUCGGGAGACUUCGAGCAGCCUUACAACAACGACUGUUUCUUGCAGCUUGGUGUCGAAGAUGCCGAUGGAUUCCAGUUACAAACCACCGGAUCGAAUAACUCUUCGGCCGACAUCACUGACAAAUCGGGAAGCAACGACACUCCUCCGGAGUCCGCGGAGAUCAUCACUGUCAUCGAGAAGAGUGCCCAUCAGAAGGUGCUAGACGAACUUCGUAACGGAGCCGAUUCCAUUGAGGUACAGAACCAGAUCUUAUUUUCAACAUUAAACAAAUUAAGAGCGACGCCGACGUUCCGUAUUCUCUGUGCAGCGAGGACGAAGCAGAGCCGAUGACGAUGAUCGACAAAUCCAUGAAUGUAUCGCAGAGUGCCGAGCAGUUGACGGCUCCGAAAGAAGACCAUAAAACGAGAACUGUCGUCAUAAAUGUGGAGUUGGACGCGAAUGCAAAGCGCGAAAUCUCGGUCGAUGUUAACAACACAUCAGUCAAGGAACGAAUCGCCGCUCUGCAAGCGGUCGUAUCCAAGAAGAAAGUUCCGAUCGCGAAGGUGGACAGUGUUGACGAGAAGGAGGAGAUGAUGGUGCUGAACAGAACGGAAGACCUGGAGCAAUCUGUUCUGGAAGUGAGACCUCAAUCCAACGUGGUUAGCUGUGAAUAAUGCAGUCAUCAGUCAUGAAGUGACGUAUUUACAGAUAAACUCGGACGGUUCGAUCCGACGACGCCAAGUCAGAUUCAUGCGGGGAUGCUGCGUCGUGCAGUAA